AUGGUCUCGCUAUGGAAGAACUCCGGUGAGAGGGAAGAGGAACAUGCCGAAGGCGACCAGCAAGCUCGCCCUACAUCUUCGUCACGUAACGACAAUGCGAGCCAGUCCGAGGACGCGACCGAGCGCACAAGACUGCUCCCGAGGCAGCAGCCAGUUGGAGGAUACCUCAAUCCAGAUGAUCCUGCCGUCAGCCCUUACAACCUUUGGAGUGUGCGGGCUCUGAGAUGGUUCGAAGUCCUAUUUCUUAUGAUCACCUUCAUCUGGUGGGUCAUCUUAUUUGUGUCUAUCUUCGUGAGCCCUCCCGGCAUGCACUCCAGAGGCUCUGGCUUCUUCGAUGUAUCAUACACGACUCUCACCGUUGGCAACAUCUUGGUCGCACUCCUCUUCUUCGCCGUCCCUUCUACGCCAAUGGGUGUGCUGAGCAUGGUCAUCUCUUUACUCCUCCUUAUCAACAUGAUAAUCAUACUGGCUGCGCCAAGGAUCAGGCUUGAGGAGGGAUGGCCGGGCAUAGCCUCAGUCGUCUGGGCUGCCAUCAUUGGUCUGUACAACAUCCUAACCAACAGAACGGUGCGGUGGGGCAAGCAUGAGGAGGAGGAGCGCUUGACUGGCCGUCAGGAAAAUCGACGGACUCUGAAAGAGUGGUUGGCCGUGUUUUUAGCGACUAUCCUCAUGGCGAUCUUUGCUGCGGUUGCAAUCUUGCUGACCGCCACCCUCUCCCUGCGAGCUCGGGACGCUACGCUCGAGCCCCCAGGGAAGCGCUUCUUGGUCGACGGCGACAAAUACCAAAUUCAUCUGGCUUGUGUUGGCAACCAAACCUUCGAUAAGAAUGGCGAUCCCAAUCCCACUGUCUUGCUUGAAGGAGGUUACAUGCCAGUCGAGCACUCCUUCGAGGACUGGGUUUACAAUGCUUAUAGCAACGGCACCAUUGAGAGGUAUUGCUACUGGGACCGUCCUGGGCUCGGCUGGUCGGACAAUGCUCCCUCGCCACACUCUGCUAGCAUGUCGGCCGAUGCUCUGUCAGAGGCUCUGGCCGUGUCGGGCGAACAAGGGCCUUGGAUCUUGGUUUCAGCAGGUAUUGGGGGUAUUUACAGCCGCGUCUUUUCCGCCAGACAUCCACGAGCUAUUAGCGGAAUCAUGCUCAUCGACACUCUGCAUGAGGAUCUCCUCUAUCGAAUCGCCGAUCCAGGUCACGGUUUCAUGCUUUGGGCCCGCGGCUUUAUCUCGCCCUUGGGCCUCGAUCGGUUGGCAGGCGCCAUCUUCAAGGGUCGGUCCAGGGAGGACCGUGUCUGGGGCAAAUCGUCGUAUCAAGGCGGCAAAUUCAUCAAGAACAAGUUGCAGGAGAACUUGGUGGCCGACUCAUUGACCAAAAAUGAAGUCUUAAGCUCACGCAACAUUCAAGACCGCAGCGUACCUCUCGUGGUCAUCACUUCAGGAAUUCACUUGAAGCAGGACAAAGACUGGGAGCGGAAGCAGGAAGAUCUGACGAAAAUCACAGACAAUUUGAUUGACUGGGAAGUCGUGCCCAAGGUGCCUGCCGAGGAGGUUUGGCGCACAUACGAAGGACGGAAAGUGCUGGAGAAGCAACUUGGAAGACUGUACAAGGGCGAGAAAUAG